AAAAAAAUGAGUAGUGUUUAAUAUGUAAAUUCUAAAGCUGAAGUUCUUCGUAAAUAUUAAGCAUUAGCAAUGAAUAUAAAUGCAGCAGCAGGAUUAAUGGAAGUAAUGAAAUCGAAUCUUGGGCCUAAAGGAACAUUAAAAAUGUUAGUAGGUGGAGCUGGAUAAAUAAAACUUACAAAAGAUGGUGCAGUUUUAUUAUCAGAGAUGUAAAUUCAACAUCCAACAGCAGCAAUGAUAGCUAGAAGUGCUACAGCUUAGGAUGAUAUAAUUGGAGAUGGUACAACAAGUAAUGUUUUAUUGAUUGGCGCAUUAAUGAAAUAAGCAGAGAGAUUAUUAGCUGAAGGAAUUCAUCCAAGAGUAAUUACUGAAGGAUUUGAGUUAGCUAGAAAAGAAGCCUUAUCAUUUUUAGAUACUUUCAAGUAUUAGUAAAUAGAUAAGGCUGUAUUAAUAAAUGUGGCUAGAACUUCAUUAAUUAGUAAAUUAACACCAGAUGUUGCAAAUCAGUAUUAAAUAUAAUUAAAUUUAAUUUAGAAUAAUUGAAAUUGUAGUAGAUGCAGUCUAAAUAGUUCAGGUACCUCAGAAACCGAUUGAUUUGUUUAUGGUUGAAAUUAUGCAUAUGUAACAUAAAAUGGGAGCUGAAACUGAAUUAAUAAGAGGAUUAGUUUUAGAUCAUGGAGCUAGACAUCCAGAUAUGCCUAAAUUCGUUAAGAAAUGUUAUAUUUUGAAUUUGAAUGUUUCAUUGGAAUAUGAAAAGACAGAAGUAAAUAAUAAAUCGAUCAAUAGGUUCAUAGUGGUUUCUUUUAUAAUACAGCUGAAGAUAGAGAGAAAUUAGCUAGAUCUGAAAGAAGAUUAACAGAUGAUAAAUGUUAAUAAAUUAUUGAUUUUAAAAGAAAAGUUUGUGAAAAGAAUGGUUAUGGAUUUGCAGUUAUUAAUUAAAAAGGAAUUGAUCCAGUAUGUUUAGAAAUGUUUGCAAAAGAAGGAAUUGUUGGUAUAAGAAGAGCUAAAAAAAGAAAUAUGGAAAGAAUUGCAAAAGCUUGUGGUGGUAAUUCUGUUAAUGCAGUUGAAGAUUUAACUGAAAGUGAUCUCGGAUAUUGCGAAGUGGUAAUUUAUUUAACAUAUAAUAUAAUUAGUUAAGAGAAUACACUUUAGGAGAAGAGAAAUAUACUUUUAUUGAAGGAGUAUAAAAUCCAACUUCAUGUACUAUAUUAAUUAGAGGACCUAAUGAACAUACUAUUGCAUAAAUUAAAGAUGCAAUUAGAGAUGGAUUAAGAGCUGUUAAAAAUGCUAUUGAAGAUAAUUGUGUAAUACCUGGAGCAGGUGCUUUUGAAAUUGCCACCAGUGUUCAUCUCUCUAAAUUCAAAGAUUCUGUAGCUGGAAAAGCUAAACUAGGAGUCUAAGCUUUUGCAGAAUCCUUAUUAGUUAUUCCUAAAGCUCUAGCAGAAAAUUGUGGAUAUGAUGUUUAAGAAACCUUACUUUAAGUCACUGAUGAAUAUAUUAAACAUAAUAUACCUGUUGGUGUUAAUGUGAAUGAACAAGGAUUCGUUGCUCCUAUUGCUAAUGGCAUCUUUGAUAAUUAUUGCUCCAAAAGAUCAUGGUUAAACAUUGCUCCCACUUUAGCUUAAUAAUUAUUAUUAGUUGAUGAAGUAAUCUUUUUUUUUAUUUUUUUAUAGAUCAUGAGAGCUGGAAAAUAAGCAGGAGGGGCUCCAUAAUGAUAAUGAAUGAUAUUAUUAUGUUA